UCCCUUCGCUGGCCUCACCGCUGCCUCAUUGCUUCCUCACCACCCGCACACCGCUCUUUAUUUGCAUUCGCCCACUCCCGCAAGCAUAAUCAUGGUCUCGUUCUCCUGUGAGAACUGUGGAGACGUCCUCACCAAGAAGAAGCUGGACCCGCACCGCAACCAAUGUCGUGGCGCCUCCUUUACCUGUAUCGACUGCAUGGUGCACUUCUACGGCACCGAAUACCGCGCCCACACUAGCUGCAUCAGCGAAGCGCAGAAAUAUCAGGGCGCACUGUACAAGGAGAAGAAGGCAAAGCUGCAGCAACAACAGAAGGCCUCGCAGGCGCUCGUGCCGCGACAGGCAUACGUCGAAGAUGCCGUUGACCCAGACAGCGGCGCCGUUGCCAUCGUCGACGCCCCUCCUCACGCCCCAAGCCCUCCGCCAGCCGCCUACUAUGGCGAGCAGGGGGCUCUACCUUCGGUCAAUGUCUUCGAGUUCCUCGUCGAUUCAGACACACCCAACGCUUCGAAGGUCGCCUUGCCGCCGCCAGAAGAAUCCCGUAUGAUUGAGAACAACAAGCAUCAGGGGGAUGAGCACCACAGGUCUAGCUCAGACUUGGUCCGCGUGAAUGCGCUUGACUUCCAGAUGGAUGACGAGGACCGAGACUACCACUACGUCGAAAAUGGCUUUGCGUACGGCACAGAGCCUGUGCCUCCUACAUUUGGGCGCUACGAUUCGUACGCCAAUGCUCCUCAGCAUGAACCGGUAUUCCACGACUCGGCAUACUACACCCCUGCGCCCAAGCCCAAGCCAGAACGCGACCACAAACAGGCCCGCGAGAGAGAGACGACGACUGUGUCCAAGCAGUCCGACAAGAAGCGCAAGAGGUCGGAUGUCGGGCAACUCGAUAUGUCCCUCGUCCGAGCGCAGGCUGAGCGAGAUGUGACCAUGGCGGGUACGCCUCCUAUUCUUCACUCGGGCCUCACAGGAGGCCUCAACAGGCUGCUGGCUCGUGCGGAUUUCCCUCCCAGUCCCGAUUAUUCCGGUGCCGAAGCUUCCCCAUUGAGCCCUAUGAAACGGGCAAAACAGGGUACAUCCAAAGCCCUUGCACGCGCCCAGCGCCAGUACGAGGAAGACGAGAAACGUGAGCGGGAAGCAAAGCUUGAGCGACAGAGGGAGAGAGGCCGAGAUCGCGAACCCAAGCCUCGCAAGACGUCCAACGGCACUGUUAAAGAGAUCAAUGGGACCAGGGCUCUUGUUCGUAGCAAGCGCGAAAAGUCUGGUCGUGAAGAGCGCCGUCGCCGUCGUCGCUCGUCGUCGUCGCCUUCUCCUGAACGCAAAUCGAAGCCGAUGAAAGCGAUUGAGUAUUCCCGUGCCGACUCCGAGUCGCCUGCGCCUGAAGUCAACGGCAACGGAGCGGUGGUACUACACAGCAACGGCAACGCUUUCCCCAAGGAUUUGGGUGCCCGCGCAGAGCUCUUCAUGUCAUUCAUCAACAAAGGACCCGAGUCCGAGCGUGGGUGUAGCGUAAACAAGGUACUGAAACGUUAUCACCGCGAGCGUUACGAUCGCUGGGAUCGGGAGCUAAGCAAGCCUGACGAGGAGAAGGAGCUCUGGAAGAGUCUCCGGUUGAAGCGGAACGACAGAGGGGAAAUCGUGCUCUUCGUCUAGCGAUACCAUCAUGAUUUUCUAUCUCAUUCGGGGCGGAGUCUGAUACCACGUUGAUGGUGAUCACAUGAGAUGGAAGGGUGGACGGAUCUUCGAACUUGGAUGAUACCCCGAUUCCUUUGGCGAGCUGCUUGGUUUGGUGAACGUUGCGGAUUAGAGCUCAUCUCAGCCUCUACAUUAUACGGCCGCAUACUCGUGUUCCUUUUUUCUUUUUCGCGUUUCAUCAGGUCGUCGCAAUCUUUUCUUCUCUUUUAACAUCUACGUAAUGCUCUGGGCUGGGCCCGGUC